AUGGGCAUCCAAGAUCUGCUCCUGCUGCUGGAUCUGAGGAGACUGCUGCUUUUUACGUCUGCUGUCCUCCUCCUUAUCUACUUUCUGAACAAAAAGGAUCCUCCAAACUUCCCUCCAGGCCCUCUAUCCCUCCCCAUUUUAGGAAACGUCUUCAACAUUGAGUCUCAGCAGCCUCACAUCUACCUGACCAAGGUAAGACAUCAGGACAUCAUCAUCAUUCUGCAGAAACUCGACAGAAAUAAAAAAUAAAAAAAGUUUAACAACUCUCUAGUUUUAGCAUCCAGAAGAGGAAUAUCUUUAAACAAGUUUAAAAAAAUAAAAAAUAAAAUUUAAAUCAUAGUUAAAACUCCUGGAAGUAAUUUUUAGUUAGUUUAUUUUUAGUUUAGCCCUUUUUAAACAUCUCUCCCUCCUUCUUUAUCCUCUUUCUGUCUGUGUCAUUAACUUGGAAUCAUCAUAUCCCAUUAAAAUCACUAAUACUCAGUCUUUAUUGGGAGUCCCCGAGCUCCAUCAUCAAUAGGUUCUUCUGGAUCUCUUAUGGAAAUAUUCAAUCUUUAUGCUGAUGGUCUCAUUUGCUUUGUAGCCCAGUUUAAUUUCAGUUUUUUUCCAUCAUCAUCUUAAAAGUCUUUGCAGAAGCUCCAGUGGAAAAAAAAAGCAAACUAAAACCUGAGCAAAGUCAUUCACAUUGUUUCAAAAAUGCAUUUUCUUAAAGUCACAUGUUGUCAACAGGCUGCUUAUUCUUCAUCCACAGCUUGCUGAUGUGUAUGGGAAUGUUUUCUGCAUUCGUCUGGGCCGACACAAAACUGUGUUUGUGUCUGGAUGGAAAAUGGUGAAAGAAGCCAUAGUGACACAGGCAGAUAACUUUGUGGAGCGACCUUAUAGCCCGAUGGUGACCAGGAUUUACUCGGGGAACUCUGGUGAGUCAAACAAAGAGCACUCACACAUACAGAGCAUCUGUGUUUGGGUGUUUAACCUGCCUUAAUGUGUCCUCUGUCUCUGUCUCAGCCGGUCUCUUCUUCAGUAAUGGGACUGUGUGGAGGAGACAGCGGCGGUUUGCCAUGGCUAAGUUGCGCACCUUUGGUCGAGCUGAGAGCUCCAUGGAGCAGAGGAUCUGUGAGGAGAGCUGUUAUCUUCAGGAAGCAAUGGAGAGGAAGAGAGGUUUGAGAAGCUUUAAACCAGAAAGAAUAAAACAAGAAAUACAGACUUAACUGACUCAUAAUAUCUUACCUGUUCAGGUGAGCCUUUUGAUCCAGUGCCCCUCUUAAACUAUGCCGUGGCCAACAUCAUCUGCCAGAUUGUGUUUGGGAGACGCUUUGACUACUCUGACCGAAACUUCCAAGGUAUGCUGAAGAAUCUAACAGAGGUGGCCUACCUGGAGGGCUCUGUCUGGGCUCUGGUAAGAAUGAAAUAAUGUCAGUUACAUCUAACAAGCUCUCAUGGCUAAACCCUGAACACUGCUCAUAUCAUAAUACUGGUCAAGACAAGCGACAUUUCAUAGUAGUGGUCUGUUAUUUCUUGAAAGCACACACUGUUUCUGUGAAGAGCAGACCGUUGCUAUGAAGAGCAGACCGUUGCUAUGGGUUCAGCGCAAUCAUAGAGUGUGGAAGUCUAACUUUGAUUAUGUCGAUCCACUAAAAUUAGUCUGGUUGAUUUGACGUCAGUUUGAUCAUGAUGGGUGAAAAAUGGUUUCAUUUCGCUUACAGAUUUUACAAACCAUGAAUUCACACUUGAAAAAUGUGUUUCCGUUUCAUUGCUAUGUAGUCAACAAAUUUUGGUCACCUUUAGCCUGACUUUCUUGAUGAAGUAAAACGUUUGCUCAACAAAGACAGAUGCAGUGUGACUGGGACUCACAAGAGGGGGAUACAGUGAAGCUAAGACUCACCAAGGACAUACACAGUGAAACUCAGAGUCAUCAAAGAUGAAUGCAGUGUAACCAGGACAUGGUGGAGACAAAUACUGUAAAAAUGAGACUGAGCAAAGAAAAUUACACUCAAACUGCUGCUCAGCUGAGACAAGUACAGCGUAACUAAGACUCAGUGGUGCAUUUACAGUGUAACUGAGAUUUACCUGUGACACAUACAGUGAAACUGAAUGAAGACAUACAUUUUAAAAGAGACUGUGGAAAAAAAUAUUGUAAAACUUAUACUCAGUGGAUACAAAUACAAUGGUUAAUGGAGACAGCUCAAGUGAAACUAAGCCCCAUUGGAAUCUUAGUCAUUAGCACCCUGUUAGUCGGUGUCCUUUAGAGAAACCCUGGUGUUGAUCUCAGCCGAAAGGUCAUUGAAUUGGACACUGGUUUGUCUCAAGUUGUUGGAGGUGACAUCUAAAUAACAAAUCUUGUUAUCUCCAAACAGCUCUAUGACUCAUUUCCAUCUCUGAUGAAACACCUGCCGGGGCCUCACAACGGCAUCUUCUCCAACUCCAAGUGUCUGGAGGCGUCCAUCAGAGUCGAGGUGGAGAGACACAAGUUAGACCUGGACCCGAGCAACCCAAGGGACUACAUUGACGCUUUUCUGAUUGAGAAAGUAGGAAAAUUAAUGUAUUGUCAGACAGAAAAAAUGAUCAGGGCCCAGGGAUGUUAAAAAGGUUUAAUCUGGGAAAAAAAAUCCUCAACAUUUCAUCAUUUCAUUAGAUGUAAUCCCAAUCACCAGUGGAGAUCUUGAAGGGUUGAAUUUGGCGCCUCCUGUAGACAGUCCUCUGCAGGGAUCAGGAUAACGCCAAUUUUGUGUAUUAUUGUCAUCCCAAUCCUGUUCAGAGGUCAUACUCAAACUGAAGGCCAUGCAGUCCUUCUUGUUAUUUAACCCAACAAGUUUUUAUGAUUUGAUCCAUCCAUUACUCAGAUCUGAUCAGACUGCUUUUGAAUAACCAGGUCUUGAAUAUGAGAUCCAAGAACUGACCCUGUUUGAGUCUGUGUCUUACAGCGCAGGAGAAAUGGUGAACUUGGUUUUGAUGAUGAAAAUCUGGUCUUAUGUUGUCUGGAUCUGUUUCUGGCUGGAAGUGAAACAACAUCGAAGACACUGCAGUGGGGCCUCAUUUACCUCAUCAACAACCGCCACAUUCAGGGUGAGCACAAAGGUGAUAAAUCAUCAUGAUAAGAAGAAAAUGUAACAAUACCAAUCACACCUAAGGAAAGUAUUUCAGACAAGACCACUUUUGUAUUAACAGAAUUAUUUGCUUGCAGUAAAUUAUAUUUGGUGGUAUGGCUGUGGUCUGAGAGCUCCCUUCCAGAUAUGUCAAAAUUUCAGAGCCUGAGGUGGAAAAACACACCUUCUCUCCAUUUUAUGUGCAUGUAUGUGCAGCAAAGGCAGGGAGAGCAGUGGCAAAGGCCCCAGGGGUACAGAACAUAGCUGGUAUUGCUUUGUGGGUUGCAAAGCAUUUUGUAGAGGAAGAUUCGGCAGGAUUAAGUAGGCAAUAGAACAAUCAUUUUUUGCUCUGGGCUGAUAGAGGCUGAUGUAAAGAUCAGCUGAUGCUCUGUGGGCAGAGCUUGACUUCAUGGCAUGCCUGGAGUAACUCUAUGCUCCAUUUUAAAGUUUGACCCAUAUCCCAUUUGUUAACAUGGAGAAGGUAAGCUCAGUGACCUAUACCUCAGCAAGUCCAAGAGGGAACUUCUUAUGAUGUGUUUCCACUAAGGGGUCUGGUCUAGUAUGAUUCAGUAAAUUAUGAUCUGUCCUGCAUUUUCUAUAGACUGUACCCUACCCUGGCACUUCAUGCAGGAUGCAUGUUGGCUGCAUGAUGGCCUUAGAAAGGUUUGAUUUUUGGCAUGCAUAUUAACAGAUAUGUCAAGGUUUUCCGAUCAUUUUCUCCAAGCCAAGCUGAUCUUGUACAAAAUUACCCAGGAAAAUGGUAAAUUGAGGGCUGUAUUGGCCCUGUAUAAGUCAUGUUUAUGUUAGAAAAACACACUAUAACACAAAUAACUGCGUACAGUUUCAAACCAGACUGAAGUUUAUAUAAAUAUCAGCACAGAGGUCACACUAAGUAAUUAAUCAAAAAUCGUAUAUUUCAGAUAAAGUUCAUGCAGAAAUAGACGCUGUGAUUGGACCGACCUCUCAGCCCAGAAUGGCCAACAAGCCCAACCUGCCCUACACGGAUGCUGUGAUCCACGAGAUCCAGAGGAUGGGAAAUAUUGUUCCUCUAAAUGGGCUCAGAAUGGCCGCCAAGGACACAACGCUGGGCGGGUACUUCAUACCAAAGGUACUUCCCUUAAAACCUGCCGUCACCUGA